AUGGCGUUGAAGCAACGAUUAAUCACACACAUAUAUUCAAUCACCAGCAAUUUCAAUAGGAUUAAUGUUCGUAUAGAAUAUUUGAAGGAGAAAGAAAUGAAAUAUAACGAGAUUUUCGCUCGAAGCUUCAGUCGACACGAGCAGAAAAGAUUCGCAUUGGUUGCUUGCUUCAUCGUUACAUGGUGUUUCUACACCGUCUUCAAGCCUUACCUUGUUCCUCUACCUGUUUUGAAUGUGAGGAUGACAAUGGUCGAUGGGCUCAAAUACGUGAUGGGUACCCAAAAAACAAGCAAACUGCAUUUAAAUGCUGAAAUAAAGGAAACGAAGCUCAUAUGCAACACAACAGAACCAAGAUCAGAUACCUGCGAGAUAAAAGGCGACGUAAGGAUCGAAGGGAAUUCCUCCACCAUUUUCAUGUUUUCUUCGCAAGUCGGAAAUGCUUCAUGGACCAUAAAGCCUUAUGCUCGUAAAAACGAUGGGAACGCAAUGGAAAGUAUAACCAAUUUCACAGUAAAAGUGAUCCCAGAAAAAGCCGAAACCAUGCCCAAAUGCACCAAAGUGCACACCGUACCAGCCAUAGUUUUCUCGGUCGGUGGGUACGCUGGGAAUAACUUUCACGCCUUUGCAGAUGUCAUCAUUCCUCUCUACACAGCUUCUCGAGAAUUCAAUCGAGAAGUGCGGUUUCUCGUGGCCAACAAACGUUCUCAAUGGACCACCAAAUUCCAACAACUGUUGGACAAAUUAUCGAGGUAUGAGAUCAUUGAUAUUGAUCAUGACAACCAAAUACAUUGCUUCCCGAGUAUGAUCGUAGGUCUUAAAAAGGAAGAUAGAAAAGAGCUACACACCGAUGGGAUGCAGGAUUUCAUACACUUCUUAAGAAGUUCAUACUCAUUGGAGCGAUCCACUGCCAUAAAACUAACCAACAGCUCGACCAAAAGACCCCGGCUCCUAAUAGUUGCAAGACAAAAGACCCGAGCUUUUACCAACGUAAAAGAUGUGGUUGAUGCAGCAGGAGAGUUGGGAUUCGAGGUGAUUGUGACGGAAAUGAAUGCGAAUAUGGCUGAGGUUUCAAGACUUGUGAACUCAUGUGAUGUGAUGAUGGGGGUUCAUGGUGCAGGGCUAACCAACAUGGUGUUUCUGCCUGAAGAUGGUGUGGUGAUACAGGUGGUUCCAUUGGGGAAGAUGGAGUGGUUAGCAAAGACUUGUUAUGGAGAGCCUUCAAAGGCAAUGGGAUUGAAGUAUUUGGAGUAUAAGAUAAGCGAAGGGGAGAGCACAUUGAUAGACCAAUAUCCACAUAACCAUCAAGUGUUCUUGGAUCCAAUUACGAUUCAAAGGAACGGAUGGGCUGCUUUUAAAUCGAUUUAUAUGGAUAAACAAAAUGUGAUGCUUGAUGUGGUUAAGUUUAAGGAGAGAUUGUCAAAAGCCCUUCAACUUCUUCACGAGUAAAAGUGAAUUAGGGAAUUCAACCAUAAUGAUAAUGAUAAUGAUUUUGAUUAGUUCGUUUCUUUUCCUCAAAAAAUAUCUCUGUUUUAUAUAUUUUCCCAAAAAUGUUGGUCGAUUCAAACAGGUUUGAUGUUCUCGAUCUAAUUUGGGGUUUGGCAUUUCAUGAUUCGGUUUUUGCUGCAAUAUGUUCUUUUUCUUCUCUGGUUUCAUUUGUUUGCUGCAAUAUGU